ACCCGGAAGAGUAUUCAUCCUUCGGUUCCUCCGAAAGUUUCUGCAGCCGGAACACCAACAUCUGCAUGGCGUGUCCCAACCUCCUUCGCCGUUUGAAAUCUUCUCUGAGCCAGAGUAAGCAUUUGUGGGGGAGCAGGGGGAUCUUGAAGCUGCUCGUUGGGGGGUGGUGAUGUGGGCUAGACUACAGGAUCCCGUACCCUCAUCUUCCUUUGUUCAAAUCUGGCCUCCGACACUUGCUAGUUGCUUUACCCUGUUGGCCUCAGUAUUUCUGCCAAGAGAGUCACGAAGAGUCGAACACAACUGAAAAACGACACAAUAGCCCUGAAUUCUCAAUGAACCAAUGAGGAACCUACCCACCUACACCUAGGUGGCAGUGUAGCUCUUGUCUCUAAAUCUAGUUCUCUUUCCCCAGCAUUUGUUCAAAAGUAUAGUUUGGGUAGGUACAUUUAUCUUUAAUAUGGAUUGUAAGAAAGGGACAGAGAUAACGCCUGGAAAGGAAUAAUCCUUUAUAGGCAUUCUACUAUGUGCCAGGCACUGGGCUAAGCCUUUUCUAAGCAUUAUCUGAUUUUAUAUUUAUAAUAACCCUACCAGAUAUGUGCUAGUAUCAAUUAAUUGAUAAUUAGCACCUACUAUGUGCUAGACACUGUGCUAACCAAUAGAGAUACUAAAAGAGACAAAAGAUAGUUCCUGUCCUCAAGGGGCUUACAAUCCACAAUUAUAUACAAAGCAAGUUUUAUAUAAGAUAAAUAGGGAAAAUGUAAAGAGGGGAAAGCACUGGAAUUAAGAGUGGGUGGGGAAGGCUUCUUGUAGAUUGUAAAUGGUGAGGUUUUAGUUGGGAUUUAAUAGAAGGCAGAGAUAUCAGUAAUCAGUGGAGGAAGGAGACAGCCAGAGAAAAUGCAUGGAAUCAUGAAAUGUGUCUUGUUCAUGAAACAGCCAAGAUUCACUUUGGAUCUUGAUGGGGUAGUAAGAUGAGACUGGAAAGAUGGGAGGGGGCUAAGUCAUGGAGGACUUUGAAUGCUAACCAAAUCGGUUUGUAUUUGAUCUUUGAAGUGAUAGGUAGUCACUGGAGGUUAUCAAGGAGGGGGUGAUAUGGUUGGACCUGCACUUCAGGAAAAUCUCUUUAGUGACUGAAUUCAGGAAAUAUUGGGGUGCAGAGGCAGCCUGACCCUCCAGCAGCUACUUCAGUAGCCCAGGUGCAAAGUAACCUAGGUCUGCACCAGUGUGGAGGCAUUGUCAGAGGAGAGAAGGAAGCAUUUUCAGAAGAUGUUGCAGGGGUAAAGUCUUGACAAAUCUUGGCAACAGCUUAGAUAUUGGGGGAAGGAUAGGGUUGAGAGAGUGAGAAGUCCAGGAAGAUUACUGGGUUGGGAGCCUGAGGGCUUUGGAGGAGGAUAUUGUCUUCUAAGUAAUAGGGAAGAUGAGAAGGGCUUAGGGGGAAAGAUACUGAGUUUUGGACAUAGUGAGUUUGAGAUGUCUACUGGACAUCCAGUUGGAGAUGUCUGAAAGUCAGUUGAAGAUGUGAGAUUGCAGACCAGCAGAGAUAUUGGGUUGGGAUAGGUAAGUUUGAGAAUCAUCAGCAAAGAGACAAAUGGUCAUUAAAUCCAUGGGAGCUGAUGAGAUCACCAAAAGAGAUAGUAUAUAGAGAGAAGAGGGCCCAGGACAGAAUCCUGAGGAGCAACUGUGGUCAGAUGAUGUGAUCUGAAGGAGGAUCCUGCAAAGGAGACAAAAGGAGCAGUUGGGAAGGUAGGAGAGAGGUGUUCUGAAAACAUAGGAGACAAAAGAGUCUCAAGAGGAAAGUGAUUGAUAACAAAGUCAGAGACUGAAGAGAGGUCUAGGAAAAUGAGGAUUGAGGAAAAAGGUCAUUGGGUUGGGCAAUGAAGACAUCACUGGUAAAUUUGAAGAGAGCCAAGUCAGUGGAGUGGUAAAAUCAGAAGCCAUAUUAAAAAGAGAUUGAGAGGAAAGUGAAGGAACUUAUUGGCCUCUUCCAGGAGUUUUACUACAAAGGGCAAGAGAGAAAUAGGACAGGAAUUAAACAGGGAUGGAAGGGUCAAGUCAGGGUUUUCAGGAUAGGGGAGACAGAGGAGUGUUUAUAGGCAGGAGGGAAUGAGCCAGGAGAGAUUGAAAAUGAAUGAGUGGGGAUGACAAAGGGAGCAGUGUGUCAGAAGAGAUGGGAAUGAAGUGAGAUCAUUUGGUGAGAGGUAAGGCCACUUCAUUGUGUGAGACAGGUGAAGGAGGAGAGAUUGGCAGAAGGUACCUAGUGAUAGGAGAGGAAGAGGGGGAGAAAAGGGAUCUCUGUGUAAAUGACCUCAAAUUUUUCUGUAAAAGUUGAGACAAGAUUCUGAGCAUAGAGGAUGAGGGGCAAAGGGUUUCCUGGGAGGUUUGAAGAGCAAUGAAAAGGCUUGGAAGAGCCAGUGUGGAGAGUGGGAGAGUUGAUUAGGAGGUAGAAGAGAGUUGUCCAUUGUGGUAAAGGCCCAGUCUAGAUCAUGUGACAUAAAUUUUCUGCUUGAGGAAACUAAGGUUAAGCAGCUUGCUCAGUAACAUAACUAGUAAGAACUUGAAGUUGGAUCUGAACUCAGAUCUUCCUGACUCAGGGCCUAGUGCUUUGUGCCUAUGGAAUGACCUGUUGCCUAUAAGACAGAGUCAUGGAUGACAAACACCUGAGUUGGACAGUCAAUCAGUCUUUAAGUAUUUAUUAAAUUCUUAACUGUGACAUUGUGUUGGGCAUGGGGAUAUGAAUACAAAAAAGGAAGUAAUCCCCACUCUUAGCAAUGGUAGGAUCUCCUCCAAUCUUCCAAUGAACAGAGGGGGAAGGGUAUCCCCUAAAUGAGGUUGGUGUUGAGAUGAAUGUAUUCUUGGUUUAGAGAAAGAUUUACAGAAGCUGGAAGCUAGGAAAUGAGGAGGAGCCCAGGCUGGCAGAAAGCUGAGGGUGGCAAUAGUAACUUUGACCAUUGAGGAGAAAAAGUAUGUUGGGCCUUGAAUGCCCAUUUUAGUUACAUUUUAGCCAAAGGAUUCUGAUCCUUUCUAAAGAUGACAUGGAAGGGGCAAAGAGGUAAGCUGAGGCUGGCUAUUUGUCCAAGGGAAGAGGUGAAGAGUGGGUGAGGAGGCUGGACAUCGAUGCCUGGGACAAAGAGCAAUUUUGGCUAGUCAGAGCAAGGUUAUUGGAUUCCAGAUAUAGAGCCAGGAGCCUCACAAAGUGACUUAUCUCACCCCUUUAUUUUACAGAGGAGAAAACUGAAGUUAGGUGACUUGUCUAAGGACACCUCAGUAGUAGGAUUUGAACCCCCAUCCUUUGACUCAAGAUUCUAAGCUGAGCAAGUCUAGCAUGUAGUCAGAGGUCUACAUUCUGGGUUUGUCCCAUCCUUACCUGUCCAACCUUGAGCCUCAAUGACUCUGUUUGUAAACAACACAUGGGAUUAUGUUAAUUUUUUUUUUUUCAAAGUACCUGGGACAUUUAACACUACAGGAACAAAAGUGCCCUGUGUGUUCCCUUAGGAACCUUUUUUCUCUAUUUUUUUCUGUUUUGAUGUUUUUUCCCCUUCCCCUCCCCUCCAUCACUUCCCACUGACCUUUCCCUCUCCCUCCCUAGAGGAUGCCCUCCUGAAAAACAAGUCAGUUUAAGCAAAGCAAAACCAAAUGAUGUAUUGGCAAUGUAGGAGAACGAGAGAUUGGCAAGAACAUCUUCGCUCCCAGAGCCCCUGAAGGGGGUCAUCCUCUGACCUUCAGAGCUGAGCUCACUCAGUCCUUUUUGUUCUUUCUGUCAUCACGAUUGCCAGUUCUACUUGUUCUACAUUAAUUCAUACCCACUCUAUGAAGUGGGAGUCCACGAUUCCCUUAUAGGCCUCUCUUUUGUUCUAUGUUGGUUUGUUGGAUGUCUGGGUUUGUUGAUUUGGCUCCUAAUAAAAAAUGAAAUAAGGGGUCCCUUUCCAGCUCGUGGGAGGUUCUGUAUCCCAAGGGCAGAAACUUAACAAAGAUGAAACCUGGCGGUGCAGAAAUAUAUGUAACAGACUCACCAUCUAGGCAGCAUAUGACCUGAGGACAAGGGACACAAUGUGAUUUCAUAUUCUCCCCUUGGGAACAGAAUCUGGCAGUUACAACACAUUUGAGCCAUGGAGGUGGGAGGACUGAAGAAAUAGGCACUAGCAGGGUUAUUAGGUCCUGAGGGAGAGCAGGGAACUAAUAGAGUGGGGACAUGUGCUUGGGGCAUUUGAGAAGGUCCCUGAGGCCUGGGGAGCUCUGGGGCUCCACUUCAACCUCUCUCCUUCCCCCCACAUCAGCUCUCUGUCUGGCGAUGGAGGCGCAGCAGCUAGUCAGCCAGCAAUGCUGUCCCAUGGCCACACUCAACCAGAUGCACCGCCGUGGCCGCCCCAAAUGGCCUGAAGCGGCCCCCAGCCCCAUGAACAGGUGUCCCCAGCUCAAGGCUGUGGUGCUGAAGACGAUGAUCCGGAAGCCCAAGAAGCCCAACUCUGCCAACCGCAAGUGCUGUCGUGUGCGCCUGAGCACUGGUCGAGAGGCCAUCUGCUUCAUCCCUGGCGAGGGCCACAACCUCCAGGAGCACCACGUGGUCUUGGUGGAAGGAGGCCGAACCCAGGACCUGCCUGGCAUCAAGCUCAAAGUGGUGCGCGGCAAGUACGACUGCAGUCAUGUACAGAAGAAGAAGUGAUGGGGAUGGAAUGGGAAAAAUGUAUAUAGACAUGGUGGGAGGUGUUGGGGGCACAAAUAGGUGAAUAAGAACCACCGUAAAUGGUCCAUUAUGUCUGUAGCUUCUUCUAGUUUUCAAAGCGCUCUCAGCCAUCUGAGCCUCACAGUUGUCCUGAGAUAGGCUAGGCAGUUAUUGCUCCCAUUUUAUAGUUAGAAAACACUGACCCAAAGAAAGAAGGCUGGGUAGGGUUUCUAGUAGGCCCUCCCAGGGCACUGGGACAUGCUGCCUCAAAAAAGAGGGAAGUGAUAAGCCCAGUUUAGGGAGUCCUGCCCCAUCCAGGGAAGCACGAGUCAGUUCAGUGGGAUAUAGACGGUGGGAGGUGGCAAAGAAUGCCAGCAGCCUGGGCUCCCCACAAGCCACAAUGUGUGUAGUCUGGGUUUCUGAGGCUGCCCAAGGUCAGAAGAAGAGGGCCUCGGGCUGGAAAAGUUCGGAGUUGACCAAAGAAGAGUUAAUGUGCGUCUUGGAAUAUGAACCAGAGAACAUUAGCCUGGCUUCUGCUAUGUCUAGGAGGGACAGGCCCUGAAAGGCCACAUAUUUGGGGCCAGUGGCUAUCAAAGUAAGAGCCAGAGCAUGAGGGGGACCUGCUGUGACAUGACCCCAAUGGGUGUGGAAGUAGCCAAUGCAAGAGUGGAGGCAGAUCCUGUGCCAUCCCCCACCUACCAUCUGCACUGGCAUGUGUGCUUCCCUCCCCAUCAGUUGAUAGCUGGGGCAGGUCUGGCCCAGUGGAUGGUCCACAAGAGUGGGCUGGGAAAGAUUUUAAUCAACACUGCAUCUCAUUAAAUGUUAUCUUUCCCCUUUAA